AUGACUAGUAGCGAUUUGGAAUUUUACCCUGAAGAUUUCCCUUAUGUUGUGGGAAUAGAUUUUGGAACAACAUUUUCUGGGUGUUCGUGUGUAUUUGCUGAUGACAAUAUCGAUGAAAUAUUUGAUAUAACUGAAUGGCCAAGAAAAAGUAAUUUUAUCUACCCCAAAGUUCCAACUGCGUCAUACUAUGAACGAGAUAACAGAGCCCUUGUUGCAUGGGGAUAUGAAGCUAUCAAUAAAGCGAGUCAGCCCAAUAUUAUUGCGGACUAUCUUCGUGCAUUUUACAAGCAUGUUCACGAGCAAUUUCAGACCAGGCUUGGUGCAGUCUACGAUACGUCAAAGUUCAGAUACUGUCUCACAGUUCCAGCUAUAUGGGACGAUCGAGCUAAAGCUACCAUGCGAGAAGCAGCUAUUAUUGCUGGCAUUGUCAGCCGUAGCGAUCAUCCAGACAGAUUGAUGCUAACCAGCGAGCCAGAAGCAGCAGCUUUGUAUUGUGAAAAGAAGUCUAACCAGUUCAAUCUUAGUCAUGAACAGCGCUUUAUGAUUUGUGAUGCUGGAGGUGGAACUGUAGAUUUGAUUGUAUUUGAAAUCGAAGACUCUUCAGGUGUAAAAUCUCUGCGUGAAGUUACAAAAGGUUCAGGCGGCUCUUGUGGAUCAACCUUCUUGGAUAAAAAUAUGCGGAAACUGCUUAAGAAACGCUUUGGUUCACAUGCUAAAAACAAUAAAGCAGCCAUUCAAUACUUGAUGGACCAUUUUGUCACUACAACCAAGCCUGAAUUUGAAAACGAAGAUGAUGAGUAUUUUACUGUUCCCGCUGUGUUGAAUCUCAAAGGGGGUAAAAUGUCUGACAUUGGAGUAGAUGAUGGAAGACUAUGUGUAUCAGUCGAUGAAAUUCGCGAGGAUGUAUUCGAACCAAUUGCAAAACAAGUUUUAAAUUUAAUAUCUGAUCAGAUAAACCAAUCUCAAAAGCAAAUUGAUGCCAUAUUUAUGGUCGGUGGAUUUGGCCAAUCGCGGUACCUAGGUAAACGUGUCCAAGACACAUUUAAAGACAAGGUUGGAAAUAUAUGUGUACCAAGUCGUGGUGAGAUAUCUGUAAUGCGAGGCGCAGUGAUGUUUGGAGUCAACCCUGGGAAAGUUUCGCAUCGAAUAUUACGACGUACAUAUGGGCUUAUGGUCUCUCUACCAUUCGAUCCUUUGUUAGAUCCACCUGAAAAAAAAUAUACUACACGCAAUGGUGAAAUAACAUGCGAUGAUCACUUUAGUGCAUAUGCCACCAAGGGAGAAUGCGUAGCUAUGAGCCAUUGUAUAUUAAAAAGAAUGUCUUUAUACCCUCGUGGAAAACUCGUUAAUGACUUGUACGCUUAUGAUAUGGAUGGGAAACCUCCACGCUUCGUCACUGAUCCAGGUGUUCGUCGAGCUGCCUUAUUCGAGCUUAAGCUUCCUGUUUUUCAAGACGUUAAGCCAGAUGAGAAGGUUUUUUUUACAGUAAAUAUGUAUUUUGGUAAAACCGAGAUUCUUAUUGAAGUAAAUAAUCAAUGGACAUGA